AUGCUCAUCUCGUCGCCCGAGUUCUACUGCUCCAACGAGAUUCUGUCCAUCACCUCCUUGCUCUCCGUGCCCCAGAUCUUCAUGCGGCCCGCCAACGCCCGCAAGCGCGCCGACGAGAUGAAGGCCCAGUUCGCCCACCCGGACGGCGACCACCUGACCCUGCUCAACGCCUACCACGCCUUCAAGGGCCAAGCUAACGACUCGGACAGCGACGCGAGGGCUUGGUGCCACCAGCACUUUCUCAACUUCCGCCACCUCUCCAGCGCCGACAGCGUGCGCGCCCAGCUCAAGCGCAUCAUGGAGACGCACAACCUCGAGCUCAUGUCCACGCCCUUUGAGGACAAGAACUACUACACCAACAUCCGCCGCUGUCUCCUCACUGGAUUUUUCAUGCAAGUGGCCCUGCGGAACCCUUCCGCAAAGGUUUAUUACACUGUCAAGGACAAUCAAGCCGUCAGGCUCCACCCGUCAACUGUGCUAAAGGUCGAUCACGAUUGGGUCCUGUACCACGAGUUCGUCCUUACCUCACAGCAGUAUAUUCGUACUUGUACCUACAUCAAGCCCGAAUGGCUACUAGAAAUUGCACCAGUCUAUUAUGAUUUAGAUAGUUUUGAACCCGGUGAGGUACGCUCGGCGCUUGUGAGGGCUGCAACUAAAAAGAAGCGUCGCGAGGACCUCAGGCGUCAACCUCGCUGA